AUGUCAGGCGACAUUCCGUCUGCUAAACUAAUCUUACUUAAAGAUAUACAAAAAUGUAAAGUAGGUGAUUCGGUAAGAGUCGUAGGAAUAUGGUGCAAUUAUGACGCACAGAGAAACAUUGCAACAAUCGAAUAUGAUGGCGUCAAUGUUCUUAUCAAUAUGGCCAAUGCUGAAGUAAGCGAUAAGGCAAACGAAGGAGACUUGGUGCAAGUCAUUGGCGAAAUAUGGAAUAUGGCAAGAGGUAUCACUACGAUUAAUGCUCGCAUCUUUCGUUGUGAAAACACGCUAAAUAUGGAUUUGUAUCAAUUCGUCGUGAAGCUCAGAGAUAAGACAUUUCUAAAUUAA